AAUCUGAUACCUGACACAGCUGCUAAGUGCCUGAUGGGCAGGGAGCUCACACGGCAUGGACACGCUGGGCAAAGGGAUGAUUCACUUCCCAGGCAGGACGAGAGCAGGCAGCACAAGAUUUCAUCACACUACUCAGAACUUAUGAAUUGUUUAUUUCUGGAAUUUCCCAUUUAAUAUUUUUGGACCAUGGUUGAUUAAGGGUAACCGAAACUGCAGAAAGCAAAAAUGCAGAUGAAGAGGAGUACUGUACAGAGAUAAAGACAGACGAAAGGUGGAAGCUGUCCUCUAGGGCUUUUUGGCUUUUUGUGUGAAGAUGUCUGGCACGUAGCUGUGCUGCAUGCAGGCUUGGGAGAACGUGCAUCUAGGUACCGAAGAAGCAGGAAGUGGCCGCUAUGGACCCCACUACAUCACUGACAUGGGGGUCGGUGAGGAUGAUGAUGGAUUCGAAGACGACUUAGAUUUGGAUAUUUCCUUUGAGGAGGUUAAACCACUUCCUGCUACCAAUGGAGGGAAUAAAAAACUUUUGGUGGAAACCAAGAUGACGUCUCUAUCUCACCCGAAGACCCUUUCCAGACUUGUCCCCCCAACUUCAGCAUCUCUCCCCAUGACUACGGCAGCUCCCCAACCCACUCCUGUACAGAGGAAGGGGAAAGACGGUGUGGCCAUGAUGUCAAGGCUCUUUGACAUGUCUUGUGAUGAAACCCUCUGCUCUGCUGAUAGCUUUUGUGCCAAUGACUACACCUGGGGGGGCUCACGAUGCCAUUGCAACUUGGGCAAAGGUGGCGAGAGCUGCUCAGAAGAUAUUGUUAUACAGUAUCCUCAGUUCUUUGGCCACUCCUAUGUAACCUUUGAACCUCUGAAGAACUCCUAUCAGGCAUUUCAAAUUACUCUUGAAUUUAGGGCAGAGGCAGAGGAUGGCUUACUGCUCUACUGUGGGGAGAACGAGCAUGGGAGGGGUGAUUUCAUGUCCCUGGCUCUCAUCCGACGCUCCCUCCAGUUCAGGUUUAAUUGUGGAACUGGGGUUGCCAUCAUCAUAAGUGAGACCAAAAUCAAACUGGGAGGCUGGCACAUGGUUACACUCUAUAGAGAUGGGCAGAACGGGCUGCUGCAGCUGAACAAUGGCACCCCAGUGACCGGCCAUUCCCAGGGCCAAUACAGUAAAAUUACCUUCCGGACGCCCCUCUAUCUUGGUGGGGCUCCCAGCGCUUACUGGUUGGUCAGAGCAACAGGGACAAACCGAGGCUUUCAAGGCUGUGUGCAGUUGCUCGCUGUUAAUGGGAAGAGAAUCGACAUGAGGCCCUGGCCACUGGGAAAAGCACUCAGUGGAGCUGAUGUGGGGGAAUGCAGCAGUGGGAUCUGCGACGAGGCCUCGUGCAUCCACGGCGGCACCUGCACAGCGAUCAAAGCCGACUCCUACAUUUGCCUCUGUCCCCUCGGGUUUAAAGGUCGACACUGUGAAGAGGCUUUCACCUUGACCAUUCCUCAGUUCAGAGCGUCUCUGAGAUCAUACGCCGCGACGCCCUGGCCACUAGAGCCCCAGCACUACCUGUCCUUCAUGGAGUUCGAGAUCACGUUUCGGCCAGACUCGGGAGACGGUGUCCUGCUGUACAGCUAUGACACGGGCAGCAAAGACUUCCUGUCCAUCAACAUGGCAGGGGGCCAUGUGGAGUUCCGCUUUGACUGUGGCUCAGGGACAGGUGUUCUCAGGAGUGAAGAGCCCCUCACCCUGGGCAGCUGGCACGAGCUGCAUGUAUCCCGCACAGCGAAGAAUGGAAUCUUACAGGUGGAUAAGCAGAAGGUCGUGGAGGGAAUGGCAGAGGGAGGCUUCACACAGAUUAAGUGCAACACGGACAUUUUUAUUGGCGGAGUCCCCGAUUAUGAUGACGUGAAGAAGAACUCGGGCAUUCACAAGCCAUUUAGCGGGAGCAUCCAGAAGAUCAUCCUGAACGACCGGACCAUCCACGUGAAGCAUGACUUCACAUCCGGCGUGAACGUGGAGAACGCAGCCCACCCCUGCGUGGGGGCCCCUUGUGCCCACGGCGGCAGCUGCCGGCCCAGGAAGGAGGGCUACGAGUGCGACUGCCCCUUGGGCUUCGAGGGGCUUCACUGCCAGAAAGCGAUCACAGAAGCCAUUGAGAUCCCGCAGUUUAUCGGCCGCAGUUACCUGACGUAUGACAAUCCAGAUAUCCUCAAGAGGGUGUCAGGGUCAAGAUCAAAUGUGUUCAUGAGGUUUAAGACGACUGCCAAGGAUGGCCUGUUGCUGUGGAGGGGAGACAGCUCCAUGAGACCCAACAGUGACUUCAUUUCCUUGGGCCUUCGGGAUGGAGCCCUGGUGUUCAGCUAUAAUCUGGGCAGCGGUGUGGCAUCCAUCAUGGUGAACGGUUCCUUCAACGAUGGUCGGUGGCACCGAGUUAAGGCUGUCAGGGAUGGCCAAUCAGGAAAGAUAACUGUGGAUGACUACGGGGCCAGAACCGGCAAAUCGCCAGGCAUGAUGAGGCAGCUGAACCUCAGUGGGGCCCUGUAUGUAGGUGGAAUGAAGGAAAUUGCUCUGCACACUAACAGGCAAUACAUGAGAGGCCUCGUGGGCUGCAUCUCUCAUUUCACCCUGUCCACCGAUUACCACAUUUCCCUCGUGGAAGAUGCCGUGGAUGGGAAAAACAUCAACACUUGUGGAGCCAAGUAACACCAACUGGCCUUGCCCAAGGGACAGAGCCUUCUAUCCUGAGAAUCCCUGGGGCCCUGAGACCCUGCCUGAUGCCGUACACAGAGGCCCGGGGACCAGGUGUGUUUCCUGUCAUCAAGGAGAAAGUACACCCUGAUGAGAGACUGAGAACCAAGACAGGAGUCCCUGGGUGGCCUUUCCUGCUGACACUCCGUGGGCCAAACCCAGCAGAAUAUGCCGUGUAGGAAGCAGCGGACUUUGUCCAUUGAAUGUGUUGCGGUUGCCAGAGAUCACACAUCAGUGCAAAUUCCAGAGCCUGUCUGCUAUAGCUCCAUGACUGUGUUGUGAUUCAUAGUACAUUUAAAAAAAAGAGAGAGGGUGAAAGAGAAAGAAACCCACAGGGCAGUAUUAAAAUACUUCUCUCCUUCUCUGACUCAUGACACUUUUAAUGACAGCAGAAUGACUGUGUGACCUUGAACUUCAGAUUUCCCACCUUGGCCCAUGGAUUGCUCGGAUUAACCCCUCCCACUCCUCACUGGCUGGCUCGAUGUGCUCUGACUAUUCCAUGAAAAUAAAGAUGGAGGGAGAUAAACACAGAAUCAUAAUUAUAAUGUGGCCCCCUCCCCAAAGUUUACCUUGAAUGUGAAAUCCUUACGUUUUAUAAUGCAAAUUUAAGAAAAUGAGCCCCACAAUUUUAUAGCUGUACUUUUUGUAUGUGUAUAUUUUUAUAUCUGCAGCCUAUCCACACAGUAUACUUUUGGAAGUUUGGGUAGAUGACCCUGAAUUCUUGCACACUUUCCUAAAAAUUUUCUCCCAAAGGAGACUUGUUUGGGCCCUUUGUGAUAUCAGUGGAACAGGAUUGGUAACUUGAGUGGGCGACUUGGGGAGCUGACCAUUCUCUGUCGGUAAAUGUUGAUGUUCAAAGGGAUGAAUAUGAAGCUUUCCAAAUAAGCAGAUUAAAAGGAACAUGUGUUAUGGAGGUAGGUCACUGUCAUUCUUGUUUUAAGAGAGGGGCAAUAUUUGUAGUAGACUUGAAUAAAGGGGAUGAAGAAGGCUAGAACUCAUUCAUUCAUUCAUUUAUGGAGGUGUUACUGACUUUGCAGAGGCCACGUCCAUACUCGUGGACACUAAUACACUCGCUGUUUCUAAGGCUGUGCAGGGGGUGGAGGGACAUGUCCUCAGCGUGGUCUGAGCUGGGCAAGAACAGAGAAACAGGAUUUCUUCCUUCUGUACCAUCAGAUGUCCCCUUUGCUAUUCACCCAUGUGACCCUGGGGACAGCUGGUUCACUGGCAGAUCCCCAAGACAGGACUCACUAAGGGAAAGGUGAGAUGAAUGCUGCCCCCAGAGAGGAGGGAAAUACGAUCUAUUAAUACCUCAUGCAAGUGCCUAUAAUUAGUCCCAGUCAUGACUGUGCUCUUGUUUGUGCAGCAUCAUUCAGCAAAGACUUUGGAGGUUUGUGCAAAACACAGUUUUAAGCACAGUAAGAAUUCUAAAAGAUGAAUAAAUAGAGAGGUUCA